AUGUCUACCCGGUGUGCUCCGCUGUGUUUAUAGAAGAAUUCUGAUAAAGUAACUGCAGUAGUUGGACCAAGUUGCAUAAUCAAAAUCCAGUGUAUGUUUGUGAAUGUUUCAAGGAUGCGGUGACAAUCAAUUGUCUUAAAUUUGACGAAUUGGUCAUCGUUCAAACAAAUCAGUGUUAUUCCGGUCUCUAAUGCAAAUUGAGAUUAACAGAUUCAACUAAACAAUCGAAUAACGAUGAGACUGUUAGUGCUGAUCUGCUGUUUCUCGAGAGUUCUCACCGCAAAUUGGUACCCAGCUGGUGGUCGGGAAUUGAUACUGGGUGAGCAGGUGGAUCUUGUCGGUGUCGAUGGCGAAUUGCCCGUAGAAAAAUCGACUCCAAACUGGAUGGAAACGACGCGGGCUGAAGAAGUUGAAAGUGUGGGACUGGACAGCGAAGUCAUUCCUAUUCAGCCCCCGCUGGGCACGAUUGAUCCCGUCAUCCCUAGAAUUCCGGUGAACCAAUUGGACCCCGAGAAGCGCAACAGAGCCCGAGAGCCUCCGGACGAAGUUGAACACAUCGAACCAAAGCAAUGGCCAAGUUCCAUCAGACCUCAGGAUAUUCCGGGCCGGGGUUAUCAGACAACGACCCAAUUCUCAACGCCUCGCAAGAACUCAAAUCCCACAACCCUUGCCCAAAGAAAUCCCUCCACGCAGAGGUAUCCACCGGUGACAGAUCCUCCUCCAGCGACCGCAUCCACCGACGAAGUCUUUUGUGAAUUCGGUUCAAACGUCGGACCGACCCUGUGCGAAUGGCAGAAUGGAGACGGUGCUUUACAAUGGAAAGGGGGAACGGGACUCGGGACCAAUUGGCUCGGUGGUCCUCCGGUCGACGCGUCCUUGGGUGGAAGCAUGGAAGGCGGCUACGCCUUUCUCGAGACGUCGCAAACCCCCGCGAAGGACUCGAAGCCCCGAAGUCCUGGGGGUCUUCUUCACAGCCCGCAACUGAGCAGCACAGGUGUGGUUGGGACUUGUUUCACUUUCAAGUACGCCAUGGAUGGCCUUAGCUCUGCUGGAUUGAGGGUCCUGCUCCACAUGGGGUUCGACCCAUAUUCCUUCAAGAAGGAAACGAGGGAUACUGAAAGCGAUCAGGACGAUGACAACUCUACCCUCGUCGUCCCACCCAGACAGCAACCAACCAGCCUCGCCGAAGAGAGGGUCCUGUGGCAUGCGCUUUAUUACACUCUAGGAGUAUGGCAACAGGCUCGUAUCCUCUACACAUUUCCGGACAUCCAUUCGAUUGUGAUUGAAGGUGUUCCAGUCGACGCUGGCGAUCCGUCCAGACUUUAUCGCGGCUAUAUAGCAAUCGACGACAUAGAGUUGCAGCCGGGAAUAUCGUGCGUAGGAUUCUGCAAUUUCGCUGGUGGUUUUUGCGACUGGAGUAACGAUCCCGAGGAUGAUUUCGACUGGACAAUUAGUCGAGGGAGUGCUAACCCGACGACUGGACCAGCAAUGGACAGUUCCAGUGACAGAGCAACCGCCGGUGGCUACGCGUACAUUGACUCAAGUUUUCCCCGGAAGCCUGGUGACACGGCGAAGCUCCUCAGCACAAGUUUCCCUGCGACAUCUCCAGACACUCCGAGCUGCAUGCACUUUUGGUUUCACAUGUUCGGUUCCGGGAUCGGAUACCUGAAGGUCUUCGUCCGGCACUUCCGGAGCCUGGAUGCCCACCUUGAGGAGGUCUGGGGACUCACCGGGAACGCCGGAAACGCCUGGUUCAUGUCAGAGGUGACGAUAAGCUCGCUCGACGAGUAUCAAAUAAUGUUCGAGGCUUCGGUGGGCAACACAGCGAUGGGUGACAUCGCGAUCGACGACGUUGCCUUCACGCCUGGAGCGUGUCCAGUAUCACCCCAAGUCGCUGCACCCAGCAUUCGCGACUGUACCUUCGAGGUCGACGAAUGCGACUGGAUAAACUCACGCGAUCCAGACAGGGUCGAAUGGGAACGGGUCUCCACCCAGGUCCUGAGUCCCAGAAACCAGCGCAAGCCUUACAGCAAUGGACACACCGUCAGCAGACGCAACGAGUUCUUCUUGGGCCUCGGAAGGUCCAGAGGAGGAUCUCGAAGCGGAGGUGGAGGAACGGCUCAGCUUAUCAGUAGAGAGAUGAAGGGCUCGGAGGACCCGUUGUGUAUCACAUUCUGGUACUUCAUGUUCGAGUCCUUCAUCGACUCCACCGGGCCUAGCUUAGGUGUGCUCAGAGUCUCUGUUCAGGCGGUUGGCGAUGCUUCGUCCGAGUCCAGGCCAAUCUGGCAACUUUACAACAAUCAAGGACCGACUUGGAGUUACGCUCAGGCUAAAAUCGAGGAGAAAAAGAAUUUCAACAUUAUAAUUGAGGGUACUUGGGGACCCAAUAGAGCUAGCGGCAGCAUGGCGGUCGACGACAUCGCGUUCUACGUUGGAGGUUGCACAGUUAUUCCUGCAAGUGCUACUGUCAUGGGGGAAGACUGCAGCUUUGAAAGAGGGCUUUGCGGCUGGGAGAAUAUCACUUCUUCGGGUAACGAUAGGACUGUCUCUUGGCAGCGGGCUUUCGUGACUCAUCGGCCUGCCCAGCUCUUGGACAAGACCUUCGGAGCGACCGGAGACUUUGUGUUCUUUGACAUAUUUACCACGAAUCAAAAAUUAACCGAGGUCCGGCUGCGUUCACCGAUUAUUAAUCCAACUACCGAACAGGAAGCUAUUUGUUUCACAUUCUGGUUCGCCGCUUUCGGCGUCGAGGAAUCCACCACCCUACGCGUUAUCAGGAUGCCCGUUGACGAGAACGGAGAUGAAAACGGGAACGGAAAUGGCAGCGGAAACGGAUACAACGGGAAAGAGCCGCUCUGGUCACUUACGGCCAAAGGAUUCAACAAUCCUCGCCCAGUUUGGACGGCUGCUCAAGUUACCGUUGAAAAUCGUUCACCCUACAGAUUGGUACUCGAAGGCAGUGCAAGUAACGGAGGAUUCGCCGUCGACGACAUCAAGUUCCAACCUCAAGCUUGUACAAUUCGUCCGGCAAGUGCUCAGCCAGUUAUCAAGAAUGACGAGAAUUGAUUUUCAAUCGUGAAU